GCUGGGAUAUGCCACGCCCAGAAGAGCUGAGAUUAACAGAGUACGGUUCAGAAGACAGUGAUUACGAUGAGGACAUCUUCAACAACUCUAUCAUACACAGCUAUGAGAAAAAGAAGAGCAGAUGUACUAGAGGUAAGAUCUGCGGAGUGACCAUGUUGGGUGUUACCCUACUCCUGACCUCAAUAGUAGUCACAGUCACAGUUUACCCCUACUUCCCCCGGUCAUGUGACACAGCUACUGGUCUCCUGCCUGGUGAUAUUAUCCCUGUACACUAUGAUCUUUGGCUAUAUCCUGAUCUUACCACCUUAACUUUCCAAGGAAAAGUUGAGAUACAGAUAAAGGUGCUCAAAAGAACGAAAUGUAUCGUGUUGAACUCACUCGACCAAAACAUAACGGAUAUUAAACUGAAGCAGAAGGACGGGACCCUGCUUAUGACAGAGGACUUCUCUUUUGUAUCAGAGCACGAGUUUCUAGUGAUUCCUCUGCGAGCGAAGCUAGAGGAAGAGGAUUACACACUGGUGAUAGAGUACGAGGCGGAGGUGCGGCACGCCCUCAAGGGUUUCUACCGCUCUUAUUACACAACCAGUUCCGGGGAGAAGAGAGUUGCAGCAGUGACUCAGUUCGAGGCGUCGUACGCGCGCCACGCCUUCCCCUGCUUUGACGAGCCUCAGUAUAAAGCCACAUUUACCAUCUCCAUCGUGAGGGACACGGAGCAUACAGCUCUCAGUAACAUGCCAAAGAACGCGACAGUAGCAUACGGAGAGGGUGGUUUAUUGUUGGACACGUUCGAGAAAAGUGUUAAAAUGAGUACUUAUUUAGUUGCUUUUAUGGUUAUGGACUUCACAAGUCGAUCAACUACCACAUCUUCUAAUGUGCUGAUACGGAUCUGGUCUCGCUCGGAAACCGAACACCAGACUGAGUACGCUUUGGAAUGCGCUAAGAAACUCCUGGAGUACUACGAGGGCUUAUUUGGAAUUCCAUUCCCUCUUCCUAAACAAGAUCUGGUAGCAGUGCCUGACUUUAACAGCGGUGCCAUGGAGAACUGGGGGUUAAUUACCUACAGAGAAACCAGUAUAUUGUACGACAAAAAAGAGACCAGUAACUCAUUUAAAAGACGUGUUGUGAGUGUUAUUGCGCACGAACUGGCCCAUCAGUGGUUCGGCAAUCUCGUCACUAUGAAGUGGUGGAAUGAUCUGUGGCUAAAUGAAGGGUUCGCUAGCUACAUGGAGUACGUUGCCAGUGAUGUGGUAAAACCUGAGAUGGGCAUGCAAAUGUACCUACAGAAGAAUGGAAUGCAGCGUGCUUUAAGUGCUGACUCCUUCUCAAACUCUCACCCAAUUUCAAGUGAGGCUAACAACCCAGCGUCAAUUGCGGAGAUGUUUGACGCUAUUUCUUACAGAAAGGGGGCAUGUAUAAUACGUAUGUUGAACGAAGUUUUGGGAGAUAAGUUGUUCUACGAGGGUAUCAACAGUUACCUCACUACAUACGAGUAUUCCAACGCGGAGCAAGGUCAACUCUACACCGCUAUUAACGAGACUGCUAAACACAUGGAUCAAGCAAUAGACAUCGGCGAGUUCAUGGGAAGUUGGACGCUACAGAUGGGUUACCCUAUAGUUCAUGUGAAACUAACUGGAGAAAACAAAGUCCAGAUUUCUCAGACGAAAUACAAGUUCCCCGGCGAAGUGGAGACUGAGUCCCCCCUCGGUUAUAAGUGGCACAUACCGUUCUGGUACCAAACAAACGAGGAAACUGGAAGCAACAACUUCCUCUGGGUAUCUGAAGACUCGGUAGAGUUUGAGACAAAAGAGAACACCAAGUGGAUCCUGGGAAACUCUCUAGCAAGAGGCUUCUACAGAGUCAACUACGAUGCGGAGAACUGGGGCAAGAUUAUAGAUUUACUACACAACAGUCAUACAGUAUUUCAUGAAGUGGACAGGAUGAAGAUUAUAGACGAUUUGACGUCCAUCAGCCAGGUAGUAGAUGAUGUGGAUAUAACACUGGCGCUUGAAGCAAGCUUGUACUUGAGGAAUGAGUUAUCUCUGUACACUCUUACAGGAAGUCUUACCUCACUUUCUAGAAUCAUUGGUAAGCUAGCGGUGCUUGAAGAGUACGGUGACGAGAUCAACUCCUUCUUUCUCCACAUAAUGGAACCUGUCGUUAAGAGGAUAGGAUUGGAGCCUAAAGAAGACGAUGACUUUCAAACAGGGUUGUUCCGCGGGGAGAUCCUGACAGAAGUAGCUCAACACGGUUACCAGCCAGCUGUAGAUUAUGCACACAAGCUGUAUCAAGAACACAUCUCUACUGGACAACAGGUGGAAGCUAAUCUGUACGCUUUUGUGUACGCGACAGUAGCUAUGAACUGUACCGAGAAGGAGUGGGAGGCUAUUUUCCAGGAGUACACUAAGGAAUCCCUGCAGAGCAAGCAAAGAUAUCUCAUGAAGGCGUUAGCGUCCACUUUUAAUGUGGACAUCGUCAAGAAACUCCUCAAAUACACCAUGGAUGAGAAGAUGAUCAGAAGACAAGACGCCAGGAUUGUUCUGAUGCACAUAUCUAUGGGAAGCUACCCGGCCAACUACGCUACCUGGGACUUUCUCAGAGAGAACUGGGCCUUCUUCUAUGAAGAGUUUGGUCACACUAACUCAGGGUUCGACCUGCUCAUAGAAUCUGUUAUCGGCCAGUUUUACAAAAAGGAAGAUAUAGAUGAAGUUAACAAGUUCUUUGAUAACAAGGACGAUUUGGGCAGCAUUGAGAGAGGAGUUAAAAAGGGUCUAGAAGCAGCCUCACAUCGGAGAGAGUGGUUGAAGAAACAUAAAGAGCAUGCUGGAGGCUGGUUAAAAGUUAACUUCCCCCGAGACUAGAGCAGAUAUCCCGCUCUCCAGUUACAAACUUUUUCUCUCUUCAGUCUUCACUUGUCAGCCGACAACAUCCAGUUAAAACAUGCCUCAUCACUAAUUGUUGACGCCGGAAUAAUGUAAUUGUGUCUGAUUUGCGGGACGAUUAGGGCUGUUUUCAGUAAAUUAUUAUGUCAAUUAAAAGAAUUCCAAAUAAGCGUGCCACGUGAUCUGUUAAUUAAAACAUACUCAGUAUAUUUGAAAUGGUGUUAAUUUUGUUAUUAUGUAUCAGGAGGAAAAGCUUGUAAAUUUGGACAAAUUUAGUAUUGUAAAUUAGGAUUGAUUUGGAAAGCAUUCUUAAAGCUGACGUAUGUUAUUAGUAAUUUAAAUUAGAAGAAUAGUUCUUGAUUUAAUUUAGGAGUGUCCGUGUUGUAUCUUCAUUCACCACAAAUGUUUUAACUUAAUUUUGCAUCCUGUUUUGUUUUAAUCUUUAUUUAAAUUUGUGUAUUAUGAUGAAAUAUUUAUUCAGCUGGCUGGAACAGCUAAGAUUAUUUUAUCAUCGUCGAACCCGCGGAGUGAUUUGAUUUUAAAUUAUGAAAGCAGGUUUAGGUUUCUGACGGCGACGAUAUUAGUCGUUGCAUCACAAAGCAAGUGUUAAGCCAGAAGAUUCACGAGUCUUCGCGGUUUCAGAAAGUUUUGUUUAUUUUGGAUCAAGAUGAAAUUGUAUCUAAUUUGUCUUGUUUAGUUUUUCUGCAGUUUAUUCUUUUUUUUUGCAUUUCCAAAUUCUUCCCGAUGAAAAUAAAAAAAUUGUAAGUAGACUCCUUAUUGGAUAUAUUUCGCAGAAUCAGGAACAUUUUUAUUGGAUUUGAGUUUAAAUUAAAAGUUUUAACCGGUGCUCGAGUAAGCAGUUCACGAGUGAUAUUAAACACUCUACACUCUACACCCGAUAUGAGGGGUCGUUCACAUAAUAAUUAAUAAUAAUAUUACGUAAUCACUUUUUGGACAAUUUUAACCCCCUCCCCCUCCGUAACCAGUUUUACGCAUAUCUAUUGACAUUGUGUUAAAAUUACGCUAGCGUAAUCAUUUGGAAACCCCCCUCCCCCUCGGCUGAUUAUUGAUUACGUAAUAUGUGAACAACCCCUAAUAUUAAAAUCAGUUCUUGAGGGGUUUAAAAACCACCGUUAUGUGAGCUGACGGCACCGGUUCAAAUGGAUUUAUACCGCUAAUCUGCUAUCUCUACUACCUGUGGAUCAAUUCUUGCUAUAUUUAUUUAAAUUGAUUUUGAUUGAAAUUUAUCUCUAUACAAAAAUGUAUAUUUAAAUACACACGAAUAUCAUAAUAAAUUGUAUAAUUUUAUGAUAUUAUAUUUUAUGUUUUAUGACACCAUGCUAAUUCACAAUUUAUUUCAGCUUCAAUGCUGAUACAAUUUAACAUUCGCAAUUACUAAUAGUAAUAUAAUAUGGUAACUUCAAACUCGGGAGAUCAAAUUGUUUUCAUCUCUCAAGACGAUGUUGUAUAGCGAAAACUAUUUCUGGUGUAUUAUUUGUCUAAUGUUUUAUUAAGUUUAGGCUCUCGUGUUAUAUUUGUUGUUUUGGAAAUUACGGGGUAUCAAUUUGUAUUUUCUCCAAUUUUCAUCUAAACGCAAAGCA